GUCCUGGGCCAGGUAGAGGCGCGGCGCGAGCCCGGCGAGGAGGAGGAAGGCGGCGGCGCGGCGCUCCCUUCUCCUUCUGCUUUUGCUCCGGAUGGCGACGCGGGUGCUGAACAUGGGCGCCCGCCUGGGCCCCGUCGAGGAGCCCGUCUUCGCGCAGCUCAAGCCCGUCCUGGGCAGGGAGGCGCCCCUCUUCGCCGGCAACGAGCAGGACCUCAAGCCUCCACCGCCGCCGCCGCAGGAGAACGCCACGGAGGAGAUGGCGCAGGCACGGUGUGAAAUGGAGAAAUACCUGACAGGCCAACUUCCCCUUAUUCCAGAUCACAAAAAGUACCGACGAGACAGUGCCUCCAUUAUUGAUCAGUUCUUCACCAACAGUGAAGGGGUGCCUUAUAGUGUCAACAUGAAUCUGUACCUUCCCGAUAUCACCCAGCUGAGGACGGGCAUGUACAAGUCACAGAGACCCCCGGUUACCCACAUCAAGACAGAACCCGUCACUGCCUUCAGCCACCAGAGCGAGACGGCUCCUCCGGCCCCAAACCCUACCCAGGCACUUCCCGAGUUUACAAGUAUCUUCAGCUCCCAUCAGGCUCCAGACAUGAACAAUCUAUUCAUUAAACAGGAGCUCCCCACUCCCGAUCUUCACCUUUCCAUCUCUGCUCCCCAGCAAGGCCAGCUGUAUCAACUCCUGAGUUCUCCGGAUUUAGACAUGCCAAACCCAGCAACCCAAGCUGCGGUGAUGGACUCCCUCAACAAUGUUUCUAUGUCUUCUGCCAUGGCAGGCCUUAAUACGCUGUCCUCUGCUAUGCCACAGACAACAAUGAAACCGUUCCAUGGGCUCCCGCAGUGCACAUAUACCAUGCCAAACCAGUUCCUCCAGCAACAAGCCACUUACUUUCCUCCUUCUCCUCCAAGUUCAGAGCCUGGGAGUCCAGACAGGCAAGCGGAAAUGAUGCAGAAUUUAACCCCUCCUCCCUCUUAUGCUGCUACAAUUGCUUCCAAGUUGGCAAGUCACAACACCAAUUUGCCCCCCAACAUCUCAAUGAAUUCACCGCCUGUUCCAGCUGCCAGGUACAACAGGAAGAGUAACCCAGACUUGGAGAAGAGACGGAUUCAUUUCUGUGAUUAUCCUGGUUGUCAAAAAGUGUAUACAAAGUCUUCCCACUUAAAAGCGCACCUGCGAACCCAUACUGGAGAAAAGCCAUACAAAUGCACAUGGGAAGGAUGUGACUGGAGAUUUGCCCGUUCUGAUGAAUUGACUCGCCACUACAGGAAGCACACGGGGGCCAAACCUUUCCAGUGUCCCGUGUGCAGUCGCAGCUUCUCUCGGUCUGACCACUUGGCUCUGCACAUGAAGAGACAUCAAAACUAGGCUAGACUAGUCCAUGAGGCUGUUGGUAUCUAUGCAACUUCCUGGUGACUCAAGUAUAUACAUUCAAUUAGAAUUAGCUAAAUGUUUGACUGUGUAUGAACGCUCCGCUAUUUUAAAACAGGAAAAAAUAAUAAAAGAAACUGGAAUUGUAUAUUUUGUAUAUUUAUGAGGAAAUAGGAAAGACACUGUGUUGCAAUACUUCGGAUUGUUUCACCAACUACAGCCAUGUGACUUAUUUUUCAUGUAUUUGAUUUUAGUCCCCCAUCUCAGGAUUCUCUGUUAUAUACUUUUGCAGAUAUGGAUUUACCAUUGCCACAUGUUUUCAUCUGCAAAAAAUGUAUUUUCAGAAUAGUUCAUGCUUCCAACUUCUAUGCAGGCCCUUGAAGCUGUUUGCCAGACUUGGGACCUUCACACAUGUGUCUGAGACCUGAUAUUUUGCAUUAGUGGUUGUGUUUACACUGUAUUUUUACCCAAGAAUUAUGCCUUAAUAAGAAGGUGAACUAUUAGUGGACAUUAUUUCUCUCUUGCUUUGUCCUUCCUUGUAUGUGAGUAAGCCAACCAAUCUGUAUUGUGUCCAGACAGGAUCAUAUCUAGUUUUUGGUAUUUUUUUUACUAUUAUCUAUUUUUGUUUCACUAAUCUUGGUUUACAUAGGCAUAAUAAAUUAUAACACCUAGUUGGGUGUCAUACAAAUAUCUCUUCGCUGAUUGGUGUACCCACUACUACAAAGUAUGAUGCAGAAGCAGAUGCCAACCACUCAUUCACUUUUUGACUAUGAAGGCAAAUUUCAUGGCUUAAAUCGUGGUGGGCAGCUUCUGUUGCUCCAGAUUUUUCUCAACUGCAUUGCCAAGCAUUCCUCAUCAUUAUGCUGGCUGCAGUGAUAUUCAGAAGGCUCAGGUUACCCACCUCUUGCAUAGCAUGAAGUGUGAAUGCAGUUAACCGAGCCCUCAGUGGUUCUGAAAAGUCUUCUUAUGUGUGGAUUCACAAGUAUCUUUGGACGCACCUCCAAAGAUAUGUUAUGUUACCUGAAUGUUAAUUCCUUGAUCCCAAGGAACUCUGAGCACUUUUUGUGAUGGAGGCCUGACCGAACCAAAAUCCCCAGAAAACUUUGGGGGAAGAAAUAGCAGUUAAUUAGUAUACAAGCCCACAUAGAUAUGUUUGCAAAAUACAAUACAGGAAGCAUGUCCUUCAAUUUAAGUAUUAUAUCUCAAGCUCCGGUAUGUAUUUUUAAUGUACUGACUAAAACACUCUUACAGUAGUGAGCUGUGUUGAAGAAGAUACAGUUUAAUUUGAUUUUACAAGCUAAUCUAGAGGACAAGCCACACUUUUAUUUUUUACAAGAAUUUUACUGGAUGUUUCAAUACAUGUGUUUUAUUUUUUUGUGGAGAUGAAAUAUAUAUAUAGACAAAUUCAUAAAUAGCCAUAGAACAAAACGUUCUGUAUGUUGCAUGUUUGCUUUGACAAAGAUUUUGUAAAUAGGCAGAUCGGCUUUUAAUGUUUUAUUACAGUUUUUUUUCUAGAAAUCAGCUGGGAAAAGUAGCUGGCAUCUUACUUUGGACAGUUUAAUAUGGCACAUCUAAAAUCCAGCCAUUUUAAAAUACCUCUGAAAAUGGUACCACCUUAGUUUGAUAACCAGAUAGACAUUCAAACACUUUCUCCAUACAGAUGUGAUGCACUGACAUAUUCAAAACAGGAUCGGGGGGGGGGGGUUUCCCCCUAAAUGUUUAAAAGGACAAAACAUUUGAAAAAAAAUAGGAACUGUUAAGUAACUGUCAGAAGCUAAAAUAACAAGGUUGGCUAUGAUACAUAACGCUAAACCUCUUACUAUAAGCUAAACUUAAUAUUGCUUUAAAAAGAAGGAUUUAGAAUGUGGUUUUAGAAUAGCAAAAACACUAAGCUGGUUCAGCACUAGCACAAUCUAAUUCCAUGCAGAUUUCCCGCCUCCUCCUCCCCCCACUUCAGCUCUGUUACAGCCAGGGCUGUGUAGAUGUAGACCUCUCAACGAAACUGCAGCUACAUAGGCCUACUGUUUAGGGAGUGGAGGUGGAAAGACCUACUAGUGUGAAAUGCAGCCUAUUUGAUGUGUAUGUGCUGCCCUGGCUGCCAGAUCAGAUUAAAGAGAAACACACAGCUCUGUUUGUGUGUCCAAUUCCCUGCCCAAUCCAGUGGUACAUUGUGCUAAAUCCGUCUCUGUAUUUAUCUAUGUAAUGUGUAUAGUUGGAUCUGGGAAACUGUUUAGCUUUAUAAAAGGUAAAGAAUAUUAUAAUUUUAAACAUGAACUUUGAAAAUGAAUGUCUUUUUUUUUAAAAAAAUGCUGUGCAUACGAGUUGUAAUACCAAGAGGGAAGAUUCCCUGUUGGUGGAGUGUAGCUCAAAUUGUCUCAGUUCCAACUGGGCCAGGAGUCCAGCUAGUAGGUUUAAGCACCUACUUAACAUCCUUGCUGAUCCCGAGACACCUCUAUACUUGUUCCUCCAUGUACUUCUCCUGAAACUGGUAGGAAAACACUACAGUUUUGAAUGUGUCUCCCCAUGUUUAUAUUGAAUCAUGUAAGGGCAAAUAAAUUCAAAUCUUGGGGGAAAAUAUAUCCUUGGACUGUAAUGCCAUAGCCAUCGGCUGGGUUGGCUGUAAGAUUCUGGUUGUUUUAUCCAAAAUAUAGGCAAAUUUUGCAGCGAAUGUAUAACUCUCAUGUUGUGGCUACAGUCUGUCUCCUAGGCUGACUCUGGAAACCCACCUUAAAAAUCCAGUCAUCCACACUGAGUGAUGGAGGCCUGCUUCACUGGCAGACAGAGUGCUUAAGGAGAAUGUGUCCAGCUUCCUCCUGCCAGCAAAGUAUAGUUCACCAAGGAGUUUCAACAGUGCCCAUACUCCUGCUCCUUGCACUGUGGCUCACUGGUGGGACUGGGCAGGAGAUGACAUCCUUCAGUGCCCCAUUCACCAGCGCUGCAGAACUGCAUCUUAUGUUGUGGAUGGAUGGAUUUCAAGUUGAGUUUCAAUAGCAUUUGCAAUGGUAGCAAUGGUGCCACAAACAUAAAUAGGAAUAGGAAAUCGUUGCAAGAUUGUAAAUUUAUGGUAAUUAACAGGAUGGCAUGAUUUCCAAGAUCUGUUGAAAUCCAGGGUUGUGGUUCCUUGUUAAGCUCAGUAUGGACACAUUAAGAUGGAGAUGAAGGCAGCUCUGAAAUGGUCAAAGUCAGGAUAAAGUGAUGAAAUGCUAAGCAGUGCCAACAUCAUAAUUUAUUAAAAUAAAAAGUGCUCGGUGUGUUUUGACAGUUUGCUUUUGAGGGUAAUACGAUGUCCCAUUCUCAUGUUUCAAAAUGGAUCCCUCAGAAUUUUGUUUAUUUAAAGUGUAAAUGAAAAAGUAUCUUUUUAGCAUAGAAUUUCAUAGGUUACAGCAGAUUUCAGAGGCAGAAAUACAGAAAAGCUGACAUAACAGCAGAAUGAGGCAGUUUCAGAACAAGGACUCCUGGGAGUAAAAAAAAAACAAAAACAAGAAGUAAAUCCCAGUCAAUUCAAGGAGACCUACUCCCUAGUGUUUAGGAUUAGUAUCCCAGCUCAUAAGAGCAGAAAGACGUGUUGCAAGUUUGAAACAGACAGACUUCAGUAUUUCUGAGUCUUGUGAUCUCACAGUGAUUUUUCACUCUUUGGCAUCAAAGACAACAAAAACAAAAAAGGACACUGGAUUAUAGCCUAGAUAAUUAUUAAUAUCAUAUGAAUUCUUGUUCUUCCACCUCUUUCUUUUGCAUGUAGAGCAAAAUCAAACUGCUUAUAUAUAUAUAUAUAUGGCAUGAAGGUCUCAUGCCAUAUCUCAUAAGACACUAUCAGUUGUGCUUUUGUUAUUUGUAUUUUCCCUUUUUAAGGUCAUGUAUAUGCUCAAUUCUCUAAAGAUAGUUGUGUUUAUCCAGUGCAUACGGACUGAACACUUUUAGAGAACCAAUAGUCCAAAAGAGCAUUUUCUUAUAUAACUUUGUUGAAUCGUAUUCCUUGAAAACAUACGGCCAAAACACACUGAAGCAUUGUUAUUUACUUCAGUAGCUCUCCAUUUGGCACUUGGUUGGAGAUGUGUCAUGUGCAAACACCAGAAUGUUCAUAUGUGAGCACUGCUAGUUUCAGUUAUGGGGCAUGUGUAUGGCAGAACUCGGCUUUUUGACUACGAGUAUUGCAUAUGCUUGAAAGGGUGGGUCAAAGUAAUUGUGACCUUUCAGAAACAUAAAAUCAAAUCAAAGAAAUCAAGCUCUGUCUCCAAAUGCCCUGCAUUCUACAUGGCUUUUCAACACUGACAUUUCCACUGAGGAAACCCUCCUUUCUUGUAAUCUCACCAAACAUUUGAACUAGGAAUAGGGAACCUUGGUGCUUUUGGACUGCAGCCCUCAUUAACUCCACACAGUAUAGCUAAUUGCAAGAUAUUGUUGGAGUUAGAGUGCAAAUCACCUGGAGGGCCCCAUCUUCUGUGCUGUACCUUGCAGGGUUCUAGCAAGGACUCUGGAUUAUUUUUUAGGAGUGAGGCUGUUGGCCAAGACUUACAUGGGCUGUUGUACUGCCCAUGUAAGUUUCAGCCAGUACACCUGCAUUUUAUAGGGAAAGAUCAGUAAUGUUAACCAAAGCCUCCUUCCUUGAAGCUUAAUUGUCAUUUCUGGUUUUCUCAUUGAUAAGCCUCUGGUUUCUCUGUAGGGAUCUCCAGAAAAUAAUGAGAAAACUCAGAUCUUACCCUUCAUGGUGAAUCAGGAACCUGGCUCAUAGCAUUUCACUCCUAAGUAAACAAGAGGUUCCAGUUGCAUAAUACAGUCAGAUGAUUCUGCCACACAACUAAACAAUCCAUGCAGACAAUCUUUGUAAUGCUGAGAGUCAACCUAUGAGAAAGCAAAGCCUCUUUAGAAAUUGGUACAUAAGUCUUGUUAAAAAUCCUUCAUUCAUUUAUUCCUUGUGGUAUGAUUCCUCUUGAAAGCUGAGGACUCCCACGAUCUUUUACCAUUGGCUAGACUAGCUGGCACAUCCAGGAGCUGCAAAAUGUUUGGAAGCUCAGUGGCACUUCAUCUCUGAGUCAGCAGCAAGUCCCCACUGUUGUUAAUGGGUCAUAUGCUCAAGUGGUUUAUGUGGAGGAUUAAAGCUUCAACCGCUCCAGAAUGUACUUAAUGGUAGGAACUAAUGCAGUGAUUCCCAACCUUUGGUUCUCCAGGUGUUUUGGACUUCAACUCCCAGAAUUCCCAGCCAUUUUCCCAGCUGUUAGGAGUUGUGGGAGCUGUAGUCCAAAACACAUGGAGGACCAAAACUUGAAAACCAUCGAUCUAAUGCUUCCAUCAGUGAUCUCAUACUACAUAUAGUCUGGGAUUAGGGUGGAGCUGGAAAAGAGUGAUGGCCAAAAACAGUCUUGUAUCUUGGAGGAUGGAAGGAGGUGGUGGUUUCUAAUGCUGUACACAGAGGUGCUCCUGGAACAAGGCAAGAAGCCCUCUUCUGUGCUUAGAAGCCCUUUCAUGUGCUGACAGGGUUUGUCAGUGUACACUUCUGAGCUGUACUAUCAUGCUGUUAACCAAAGGGUAGAAAUUAAAGUGACAUGCCAAAAAAGAAAGAAAAAAAGUAAAACGCAAAGCAAAACUUUGUUCAGACUAUCUUUUGCCUCGUUUAUUUAUUUUUGUGGUAUAUGGUAGAAAUUUUUAGAACACAGUUUUCCAUAAACUUGAUAAAUUAAUGUUGUUUGUUAUAGCCUUUUUUAGCGUUGCUCUGAAUUGUAAAUAGAUUAUGGAAAAAAGAUGUACAUUUUUUUUGGUAAGGCUUCAAAUGUUUAAUCCUGGAAAAGAAAACUCAAGAAGCAUAUAUUGGUUGCUGUUUUGCUGCUUUAUCCCCAACCCCCUCUUUUUCUCUCCUUGUCCAUAUUUUUGUAUGGUGAUAUAUCCUAUGCAAAUGACUGAGCAAACAGCUGUAUUGUUGUUGAAAGAGAUUGAAAUGGUUUAUAUAUAAAAUGACAAUUUUUGACAAUAAAAAAGUGCCUAAAAGCA